AUGCGGCGAACCGGUGGGCGGAGGGGACUGUGGGACUCUGUGAAGGCGUACUGGCGCUGGAAGCAGUCAAACGUCACGGCGGCCGCGUCGGCGGCUGCAGAUAAAGCCGCUCAAGACGGCGGGAACGGGGGCGCGUCGAGGCCGCGCUUACUUUCCCCCGUGCAGCCCUCCUCAUCGCCGCUGCAGGCGGUGACGGGCGUCGUGCACGACCGUCGCUCCUGCAAGCGCUUUGACCCGACGCGGCCGGUGGACCUCGAGGUGCUGGAGGACCUUCUCGCCAUGACGACGCGGGCUCCCACGGCGCUGAACCUGCAGCCGUGGGUGGCCGUCGUGGUGCACGAGGCGGAGCAGCGGGCGGCGCUGGCAGACGCGGCGCUCGGCCAACCGCAACCCCGCGACGCCCCGGUGACGGUUGUGUUUGCGGGCGACAUGGAGCCGGAGCGCAACGCCCCGGCGGCGCUGGAGCUGGGGCUUGAGAGCGGCUACUACCACCCAAUGUACGGCGCGGGCUACCUGCGGAGCGCGUACUACCUGCUCCACGGCGGUCCAAUGGAGUCCAUGUCGCACGCCAAGUCACUCGUGUCGACGUGGUAUAGCGAAACCACGGGCCAGGCGAUGCUGUCGGUCCCGACAAACAAGCAGGCGUACGCGUGGAAGCAGGCGAUGAUACCGGCGACGACGUUUCUCUACCUUGCCACAGCGGCGGGGUUUGACACGGCCAUUCUUGAGGGCUUUGACGAGGCGCAAGUGAGGCGGGUUGCCGGGUUGCCGGCGCGCUUCACUGUGCCGGUGAUUAUAAGCGUUGGACACGGCGCGGAGCACGGGUUUCACUCCGUGCGCAGCCCACGCUUCCACACGCGGCACUUGAUCCGCUGGGGGAAGUUUUGA